UUUAAAUAUUUUUACUUUAAGACACUAUAUGUCAUUAAAACAUCUAAACAACCUUAUAUUAAAGUUAAAGGUAGAUAUAUUUUUAAUCUGUGGGUUUAUAUUUGGUAUAUUACUUAUCUCAACUAUUAUAUAUCUAGUGAAAAAAAUUCGACAGAAAACCUCUAAUAUAAUUAGAAGUGGUCCACCAAAAUUGAGAUUUAGAAAAAGGGAUAAAAUGAUAUUUUAUGGAAAGAGAAUAUUAAGAAAAUUAAAAAAUAUGAAAAAUGAUCAUAUUGGCCAAAAUACAGUUAUGAAACGUUAUAUAAUGUUCAAAUUAGCUAAAAGUCUCUUAAGCCUAAAAAGAGAUGAUGAGGGGAAACCUAUAUUAACUAAACAACCUCCACCAGCUGCAAUUUUAGAAGAAGAUAUAUUAAAUUCUACAAAUAUAAGAGGAGAACAUUUUUUGCCAGAGGAAGUUAUAUUUAUGCUUAAGAGCAUUCAAGUAUUUGGUCACUUUGAAAAACCUGUCUUUUUAGAACUCUGCAAGCAUUUUGAAUCAAUAAAUCUAGAUAGGGGAGCCUUCCUAUUUUCACUUGGGGAGAAAGAUGAUAGCAUGUAUGUUAUACAGACUGGUCAAAUAUAUGUAUAUGUUAUAGAAAAGGAUGGCAGCCAAAUGAUUACUAAAAAAGCUUGCGAGGGAGACACAAUAUACAGCUUGCUUAGCGUUUUAGAUGGGCUCUCUGACAAUAAUUGCAUAUUUGAGAGCGUAUUUGCCAAAGCUCAGGUUGAUUCCAUCGUACUCAGAUUACCAGUGAAGGCCCUGCAAACUAUCUUUCAAAAAUACCCACAGAGUUUGGUAAGAUUGGUUCAAAUAAUAAUGGUUAGAUUGCAAAGAGUAACGUUUCUGGCUUUGAAUAAUCAUCUGGGUUUAACGGCGGAGCUAUUGAAUCCGUACAACCAAAUGACCGACCCUCUACAUAGAGACAUGAAAAUUCACACGCUUUUUAACAGCAACGCAGCCAAUGCCACAAAAUUGAACGAUGAAAAUAAGGAAAACGACGCUAAAGAAAAAUUAUUCGACAAGGCCAAAGGUAGCUUGAUGAGUAACUUGACCGGUCCUAGCAAAUUGAGCGCCCUAUACAGGAGGCUGGGUAGGAGGAACAUGUCUCUCGAUAUUUCAAAAAUGCCUAAGAUAAUCCCCGCGAAGGUCAGCAACGCCGGCAGUAGGAGCGCUACCAUCGGUUCCAUAGAAGAAAUAAAACCUACAAUCGCCGCCAUACCCGAGGACAACGUUGACAAAAUGGGUGACGAUAAGAUUAGGAAUCGCAAGCCCAAGAAAGGAAGCUUGAGUUCCAUCAAUCUGAACAUAGUAGAUCGGACGGAUUCUUCCGAUACUACCCGGUUCGAAAAGUGGAAGGAGGAUCAACCGAAGCAAGGAAAUAAGAAGAAUCAUCGAGAAAUAGACUUGCUAAAUGUCGAGACUAACGGAGUGGCGACUGAAGAUAAAACAGAUGGUGGGCCAGACAAUAAAUGGCGUCGAAAAAUGUCAGAUUUUGACAUGGCCCUCUCGAGAGGUAUAAACAACAAAAGAGUCUCCUUUUCCCAGAAAAGUUUUAAGGAUUUUGCCACGAGCGUGGAUAAUUACAACAAAUUCAUUCUGCCGCUUAUCCAGGAAAGUAAAACUCCUGACUCUCGUGGUGAUAAAAGCGGACACGAUAUUGUGGACCGAGCCAAAUCUUCGGAAAUUGUCCAAAAUCGGAGAAAAGGCGCGAAUGGCGCAAAUGGAAAGGAGAACUUUGUAAAUGAUAAGAAAAUUUGUGCCACGAUUCAAGAAAUCGGACUUAAAGAGAUUAAGAAAAAUGCUCGCUCAAAAUCGACUUCAAAUUUAAACGAUAUCGAAAAUCAAAUAGUCGAGGCAGCGGCUCAGGACAUUAAAAUGUUGCUAGCCCUUGAAAUGCCUCUAGAGAAAUUGAAAUGCAAGUUGAACAUUAAGUGCGUUAUGCCCGGAGCAAUUUUAGUGGAGCAAGAUAGCUUGGACGUUUCUUUAAUAUUUCUCGUAUCCGGAGGUCUGACAGCGUGGCAAAAGGACCCCGUGUCUCCUUACUAUUUUUCUUCUACCUCUUGGAACAAAAUGGAAAACUUUGGAAAUUUCGCCAAUUUAGACCAUUCGCAUAAAUCCAGGGAGAGUAAAGCUUCGGACCCCAUUCCUAAAGUGGGGGAUUUAAAACGAACGAGCCCGAAAGAUGGGAUCUCCCACGAUCACGAGAAUAACGAUGGUUUGGUUAUGAAAGAUCCAAAAAAUGAAACGCAAGUCAGGACUUCUAAAAAAGAUACGGCAGAAACUCCAUCUAGUUUUAGAUUAAAUUAUGAGGAUUACAGGAAAGGUAAAAUAGAUUACGACGAAGAAUAUGAGAUCGAAGACGACGUAGCCGAGAGUGAGGAAAGUGAAGACGCCAAAGCUUUAAAAGAAGAAGAAGUUUGUGUGUUUGUGGUGAAACCCGGAGAAUUCGUGGAUGCCCUAUCAGUUAUAACUGGCGAAGCUUCUAUAUUCACUAUUAAAGCCCGUGUUAAAAGUUGGAUUAUAACAAUCGAUAAAACUCAAUUUUACGAAAUCCUUAAUGAACAACCCUGGGCCGUUUUAAACCUGGCGCAAGCUGUUGUCAUGAAAAUAUCCCCAUUCCUGCGCCAAAUAGACUUUAGCCUUGAUUGGGUCCAGAUCGAAGCUGGGAGAGCUUUAUUCAGACAAAACGAGAAAUCAGAUUGUAUUUAUAUAGUGUUGAGCGGGCGAGUUCGUUCUAUUCACAAGACUCAUGGAAGCCACAAAAGGGAAAUCAUCGGUGAAUUUGGAAGGGGGGAACUAGUCGGAUUGGUUGAAGUGCUUACACAAAAACAUCGAUUCUCGACCAUAAUCGCUAUUAGGGAUACGGAAUUAGCCAAAAUUCCCGAAGGUUUAUUGGACCAGAUAAAGAAAAAUCAUCCCAAAGUCGUGACAAGGUUAAUUCAUUUGUUAGGGCAAAGAUUGUUGGAUACCAUGCAAACUCGCAAUGGUCCUGUUUUCGAGUUACCCGGUCUGGAGAGCAAACCAAUCUCGUCGAAUCUCUCUACGGUCGCCAUUGUUCCAGCUUCUUCUGAGGUGCCUAUAACCAAUUUCACCUGCGAGUUACAGUUCGCCUUAAACACCAUUAUUCCUACCUUAAAAUUGGAUAGCCACAUUGUAAAACGUGAACUUGGUGACGGGGCUCUAGACAGUUUUAACGAAUACCGGCUUUCCAAUUGGCUAGGUCAACAAGAGGACCUACAUGGGAUGGUACUUUACCAAUGCGAUUACCAUUUGUCGAAUUGGACUCGCCGAUGUGUUAGACAAGCCGAUUGUGUGUUGAUAGUAACGGUAGCGGAUUUGGGGCCUAUGCCUGGACAUUUGGAACUACAAUUGGAGAACUUUAUGGUUAGAGCUCAACGAGAACUCAUAAUACUCCACCGAGACAAAAAUACUCCCCCUAAAUCCACAGCGGAUUGGCUCAAUAACCGUUCUUGGAUAUCCUCUCAUCACCAUAUCGUAGGUCCUAAACGUAUGUUUUUGAGGAGGCUUUUCUCCAAUUCUUACGCUACUGGUAAACUCAUUGACAGCACCGUACACUUUCCCAGUUCGCAAACCAAAAACGAUCCAGGAAAUACGAAUAGCAAUGGCACUGGCCGAGAUUCGAGCCUUAGCCUCCCUAACCCUCCUAGGUCGGAUUUUUAUAUGGACCUGUUAUACAACGCCUCCUAUUUCAAUCCGGCUAGACUCGAGGGCAAAAAUGAGGCCGAAACCGCCGUCAUACUUACCAAGCGCAACAUCGAAUUUUGCGAAAACGAUUUUUUUCGUCUUGCGCGCUUCUUAACCGGAACCUCGGUCGGUUUAGUGCUAGGAGGUGGCGGAGCUAGGGGAAUAGCCCACGUUGGAAUGAUAAAAGCUAUGAAGGAAGUGGGCAUACCCAUUGAUCUAAUAGGCGGUACCAGUAUAGGGGCCUUCAUGUCGGCCCUCUACGCCGAAGAUAGGGAUGUCGUUAAUAUGACCCGUAGGGCCAGGGAAUGGUCAAAUCAUAUGACAUCGAUAUGGAAAAGAGUGAGCGAUUUAACUUAUCCACAUACAGCCAUGUUCACCGGUUCAGCCUUUAACGAUAGUAUAGAGGAAGUCUUUAAGCAGAAAAUGAUCGAGGACUUAUGGAUCCCCUAUUUCAAUGUCACCACCGAUAUCUCAUCUUACGAUAUGAAAAUACAUACCAAUGGUUGUCUUUGGCGAUAUGUUAGGGCCAGCAUGUCUCUCUCUGGAUACUUGCCUCCCUUGUGCGAUCCCCAGGACGGACACUUACUACUAGACGGUGGUUACUGCAAUAAUUUACCUGCCGACAUCGCGAAAAAUAUGGGAGCUAAGAUAAUUGUAGCCAUCGACGUUGGAAGUAAAAAUACGGACGAUUUUACUAACUACGGGGAUCAUCUAUCUGGAUGGUGGCUACUCUGGAGAAAAUACUUUUUUCCUUGGGGAGGAGCCUUUAAAGUUCCUGACAUGAACGAAGUUCAAUCCCGGUUAGCAUACGUUUCCUGUAACAAAACCAUGCAAGACAUCAAGCAAAACAAAAUGUGCGAAUAUUUUAGACCCCCGAUCGAUAAAUUUAAAACGCUUCAAUUCUAUUCUUUCGACGAAAUAUACAAAACCGGUUAUCAAUAUGGUAUAGAAGCCUUUGUCGAUUGGAAAAACAACGCAACUUUUAGCGAUAUAUUUAAAAGGGAACGGGGUAGUAGGAGAUAUCCCAAUGUUAAAAAUGUUUCUCCGACAUUUACGGAUUUAGUGGAAAUGAUUUCUAAAAUUCGAAGACCGCAGCAAUUUAAACAAACCUCCGAGUACCCUGAACAUCGCGAUUUUUACGACGAAUUGAAUAUGCUUAUCGAAAACGAUGAUCUCAUUAAUUUCCCUCACGAGAUAAGCGACGAGAACAAUUCUCUAACCAACCUUUCCACUUCAUCGUUCCCCGAGGAAUGCGCCCAUAUUACCAAUCAGGAAUUUGAUUAUGAUUUAGAAGAGGUAGAAGGUGACUUAGAAGGAGUGGCGGGUGACGACGAUACCGAGAUGGAUAUCGACCCUCACAAUUCGAGCCUUAUCCCGACCGAAGACAAGUCAGGCGCGUUUCCCCUUCAACCCAAGGAUAAAUCGAAAGUUAACAGAAUCAAAAGUAAUUACGAGAUGCAAACCAAUGGCCCCAAAAAUAAAAAAUAUAAGGUGGCAGACGAUUGGGGAAAAUCAUCUCUGCGAAGUUUCCACAACAAACGGAAACGUUUAUCGUCCAGUGUUUAGCGAAAAAAAAUAAACAUAAUUAAAACAAGUCAAAAUAAAUAAGUAUAUCAAAUAUUCCUGCGAUUUAGCUUGCUUGGUCUUCCUUAUUCUCAAUUUUUGUUAAACCUUCUUCCAGAUGAGGACCAAAUUAUCUAAAUACGCUUUCUAAUUUCUACGUUUGUUACCUAUUUUUAAAAAAUUAUAUAUUAUAUAAACCGAUGCGCUUUAAACAUGUGUUAUUUACCCUGUUAUUUAUUUUUUAAAAAAGAGAACUCAUUGUUAUAUACAAACAUCCCCUCCUUGAUUAAUGAUUUAUUGUCGCGAAAAUAUUUUGGGGUAAUUUUAAUUAGCUUAUUUAAUAAAUACAAUUGCGCACAAUUAUUGUCGAAAAUGACUUUAAUUUAAAAAAGAAACAAUGUGAUAUUUAUUUAUUCCCGCGAAAAGAAAA